AUGGCAAUGGACACUGAGGAAAUGAAGGAUUUUGUUGAAAGCCCAGACUCCAUAGAAGGACUGGCAUGUAAAUACAUGCAGAAGUGCAUAGUAGAGUCAAGUACAGAGUCUGAGUCUGAAUCCAGCGUGGAGGUUGUGCCUAGCACACUUGCUGGAAGACUCAAGAAAGCAAGAGACACCGGGGGACUCCAGUUCUUAGAUCCUUAUGAUGGUGAUUCAGAAGAUGAAUCCGUUCCUUCUGACUGCAGCUUGAAUACUUCAAGUAAUCUAGAAGUUGCACGAUGGGCAAAAUGUGCCCCAAAGGCAGCUGCUUUGGAGGAUGCUGAUACUUUGGAAGAGGCAGAGUCUUUCCCUGAACCUCCAGAAUGGCUCUGCUCAGAAACAAAAGUGACUGAAAUUCAGGCAGUAAAGGACUGUAAAGCACCUCUGGAACUUCCCAGCCAACAGGAUUUCCCAAGAAGCCUGUUGCAAUCAUCUGAAUUGCCUAGAGCCACAGAAGCAUUUACUUCCAUGAGGCUGACACCUGAAAAUUCUUUACUGAUGAGUAUUAACCCUUCAGCCUCUGCAGAUCUCCCAGCAAGCUCAGAUGACAGUGCUCCACAGACCAUAGUAGGAGCUGACUGUGAUGGCACAGUGGCCAAACAGCCCCUACUUAAAAGAAAACAAAGGGUUCCCAUUCCAGAGGGUGCUAGUGAAAAACUAGGAAGAAAGAAAUUCUGUGUCUCUAAGGUAUGAAUAAAUCAUUGGACAAGCUGUUCUGAAUAAUGCACCUGGUAGAGAUUUCUUUUGCAGAUGUUACCUGACCUGCACAAGCUUUAAAGAAGGAAGUGCAAACCUUGCUGUGCUCUGUAAGCUACUGUUCAUGAAAGCAUAAUAUCAACCUUGAAAUACACUGGUACCAGCUACUUGGGAAAGCAUUAAUUCUGUAUGACUGUUUUUAACUUGUAGUUUCUUUCUUCAGGUGGAAAGCCAUCCAAAAUACUACUGACCUAGUGUUGCACCCUUCCACCACCAGCAGCAUAUUUACUUUAUUAAAACAACUUGGCUUUCAUCUGUA